AUGCCGCCGGCUUUCGAGUUUCGGGGAAAUGACCGACGGUCAGGACACCAACCCCGACAUGAGUUCACUUUCCGUUAUGCGCGCCCUGGAACCUCCGAACGGCCGCUUUUGAGAUCUAAGCGAGAGACAACCCCAGAACAGCUACUUCCCUCCGGCGCUGCGGACUCGAAACCGGCUUUGAAGUUCGCGCCUGUGGCGAACCUUAGCGAUAGCGAGGAAGCCGAUAUGGACGUCUCUUCGGAGGAUGAGGAUGAAGCAGCCCACCCGCGCAAAAAGCGUGCGGUCGAUCCCAACAAUACCGGCACCGCGACGGCUGCUCCAGCACCACCACCGGCCCCCAAAUGGUCCAACCCCGAUCCCUAUACGGUCUUGCCUCCUCCGGAUGAGACCCAGGGUAAGCGAGUGGACGUCGUCAAGUUGAUUCGCAAGGCCCGGAUUGCUGCAACCGCGGCGGCACAACCCACACAAGAAGAUGCGGUGAAGACCAACGAAGAUUUUAUUUCGCUGAGUGGCUUGGUUGAUGAAGAUGAAGGCGGCGGAAACGCGCCCGAAGGUGCACCAACCGGACCAAGGCGCCAGCUGGAGGGCAAGGACUCGGCGUUUGGAAACAGAAAGAGGACAUACGAUGAUGAGAUCAAGGGUGUCUCUAAGAAGACUGGGAAGCCGUUGAGCAAAUACUAUGAUGAUGGCUCGAUCAUUGACGAGUGGAGAGCCCGCUCGUCGGAAAAUGCAACACCGUGGGCAAGUAGCAUGGCUCCCAGUCUACAUGUGGGCGCAAGGCUGCACAACGAGAUCCUCAGCUUUUAUCACUGGGUCAAACCCGUGCGCUAUGAACAGAUCGUGCGAGAGGACUUGGUGGCGAGGCUACAGGCUGCAUUCCAGAGCAGGUACUAUGGGGUGCAACUUCGGCCUUUUGGCUCUUUUGCGUCGGGUCUAUAUUUGCCCACUGCCGAUAUUGACCUUGUACUACUCUCCACGAAUUUCAUGCGCAACGGUAUCAAAACAUUUGGUGAGCGGAAAGGCCAGAUCUAUGCAUUCUCUGCAUUCUUGAAGAACCUGAACAUUGCGGUGCCCAACUCGAUCGAGACGAUCGCUCAUGCCCGAGUACCCAUUCUGAAGUUCGUGGACAAGUUGACUGGCUUGAGGGUGGACUUGUCGUUCGACAAUGACAGCGGGUUAGUGGCAAACGAAACCUUCCAGCAGUGGAAGGCUGAGUAUCCCGCAAUGCCUGUUAUCGUGUCCGUCAUUAAGCAAUUCUUGCUCCUUCGCGGCCUCAAUGAAGUCCCAACUGGCGGCCUGGGAGGGUUUUCCAUCACUUGUCUCGUCACGAGUCUUCUGCAGCACCUGCCGCAUGGUCAUGGGACACCGAACCUGGGCAGCGUUCUCAUGGAUUUUUUCGAGUUUUACGGUAACGGUUUUGACUAUGAUUCCGUUGGAAUUCGCUUUAACCCACCGGGCUACUUCAAUAAGAGGGUCUAUAAGCUUUCCUUCAAUAACAGUCCCCGUCUAUCAAUUGAGGAUCCCAACAAUGCCGACAACGAUGUUUCUGGUGGAACACGGGAGAUUGCAUUGAUUUUCAGAGCGUUUUCAGAGGCCUAUCAACGUCUCAAGGAGCGCAUGAUCUCCACAGCCACAGCGGGCCAGACGCAGGCCAGCAUCCUUGAAGCCAUUAUUGCCGCAAACUAUGAGGAGUACACUGAGCAGCGGUGGCAGCUCCGGCAGGUCUUUGACACCGAUGAAAGAUUUGCCCGGUACCGUCGGGAUUCCACUCCUCCGCCCCCUCCUCCUGAGUCCCCUCCGGCUGAUGCUGCUCCACCUCUCCCUCCAAACCCCCCUCCUGCUGCACCCAAAUCGCAGAAGGAUAAAAUGACUAAGCUGCAAAAGAAGCAACAAGCUGCGCGGGAACGUUCUGCUCGUCUCAAGCGCUUGCGUCCCGACAUACCGUCCAUUCCCUACUCGAUCAGCAAUGAGCAGGCCAUCAGUCUGGGCGGCUACAAGUCGCAAUCAGAUAUGGACAGAGACCUUUUGAUGCGAGAGAAGGGGAUGUAA